AUGAACAGGAUAGGACCAUCUGCGAGCACUCUAUGGAUUGCGGACAUUGAUGGCAGCAACAAACGCAGACUUCUUGGCAAUGAGUCGCAUUUUGAAUAUCACGCAUCGUUCUCGCCUGAUGGGAAAUGGGUUACAUUCACCACAGAACGAAAUGGUGAUGGCAACUCCGACCUUUACCGAAUUCGAACGAAUGGCUCAGACCUCCAGGAGCUGGUCGCAACGCCAUCUGUUGAAGAUGCGGCUGUGUUGUCGCCAGAUGGUAAUAUGCUGGCAUAUGUCUCAACAGCCAAUGGCUACAGGGCAAAUAUUUGGGUAAAGGCCUUGCGGACGAACACAACAAGAAGUCUGACCGACACCAAUUGCACAAGAGGCUGGUCAUGGAGUCCAGAUGGCCACUUUCACCCUACCUGGUCGCCGGAUGGACAGUGGGUCGCGUUCUCUUCGGAUCGCAACACUGCUUGGACAGGACAUGGCAACGGUACCGGAUGGGAGCAUACUCAAGAACUCUCAAUCUAUGCGAUUCGUCCCAAUGGCUCAGACUUUCGUCCAGUCACACAAAAGGCUGGAUACUGUUUAGGUUCUCCGGUCUUCUCUCCAGACGGCGAACGCAUCGUGUUCUACGAAAUGCCGAGAGAAUACACAUGGAAUGCACAUCGACCAGAAGACCUUAACAGCACCGUCAACCAGAUCGUGUCAGUAGACUUCGCGACCGGUCUAGAUCGCCGAGAAGAAACAUCGACUCAAACCCUCAAGAUCGCUCCGGGAUACGUUGGCAACAAUAGCGAAAUAGGCUACUUGGUCAAGGGUCCACUCGACGGCACGCAGGGUAUCCACUACACCUUGAACAAAAGCUCAAUCUGUGGUGAGAUGCGCUCUCCAGCCUGGAGCCCAGAUGGUAAGCAUGUUGUGUACGAGGUUAAUGACUGGACCAUUCGCUCCAUGGAAUCAGAAUUGUACAGCUGGGACCCGGAUUGGGAAUAUCGCUUCACCGACGUCUUCCCAGUGCUCUCGAACCAAGGCGUCUUUGCAAUGACUCAGAAACAGCUCGGAAAUUCCAGCAUUGUGAAGAUGAACCCCGAUGGUACAAACCUGACCAUGGUCUUCGAUAGCUAUGCCGCGAAUCAAGUCGAAUCCAGCCUCGUCAACCAGAGACCAGCAGGAGCCUUCCAACCAGAUUUCAGUCCGGACGGAGAAUGGGUAGCUUUCGGUCUCGGGCACUGGUUUCAAGAGCGCGCUCAUGGAGGAGGCUGGAUCUACCGCGCAAAGGCCGACGGCAGCUACUUCGGGCAACUCACGUUCGGGGCUCUGAACUCUGAUUUCCCGUCCUAUUCUCACGACGGCAAGAAGCUGAUCUGCACGAUCGCACCCGAUGGUUCGGAUCUCAAAGUUUUGACUUCUUCCGGGGCGAAUGAUGCUCAUGCGGUUUGGGCUCCUGAUGGGAACAUUUUGUGGUCGAGUGGGAUGUAUGGUUUCAGGGCGGAGUGUGCGACGUGUGAUGGUACUUUUCAGCCGUGCGGACAGAUUAUGUGGAUGGAUGGGGAGGGCAAUAAUAAGAGGAUGUUGACGGAUUCGAUUUGGGAGGAUAGUAUGCCCAUUUAUUUGCCGAACUGCGUUUUGGAGAUGGAUCCUCUAAGGAGGAGGAAGAAAGAGGACGGCUUCCCAGUUUGA